AUGGACGUCAUGAGGUCGCCCUCGCAACCUGCGCCCACCGGCCUAGGUCUUUCCAUGCCUUCUCCACAACGAGACGUCUCGCAACCCGCCACCACCCUCAGCCCUGCACGAAAAGCGGCACGCGAAGCCAAACGGAGGAGAGCUUCACCACCCAAAGUCGGCACCUUGGGAGGAAAGGAGAGUGCAACACCAACGACUCUGAGUGGCACCAAGUGGACUGGAAAGACGCGCUUCGCAAGCUCAGCAACAUCGAAACCACUCCUUCCCGUCACGGAGCGCAAAUCCCAUGAGGAGAAAAACACUUCACGAAGGGCACGUGGCAGGGGCAGCGACGACAAGAUCGACAUCGCUCCAGAUGGUGGUUCGGCUGGCCGUGAUGGACGGCAGUUCACGGUGGCGAACGUCGGAAACAAUGGUCGCAUCUACCUCAGGCCCUCUGUCCGACCAGCACAUCAACGAUACCCCCAGCCUAAUUUUGUUUUCCCCAUGACGCCGCCUGGCACAGCUGGGCUUGACACAUUGGCAGGCAAAUCACAAGUCGCCGACGGUGUGGAACCUAUGACAACCACCAACAGUCUGUGGACGCCAUCGCCCUCUACCCCGGGAACCGUGCGGAAGCAUGGUGAUAUCUAA